AUGGGGAUCCAGGAACACUUUGAAGUGCCAGCAGGAGACAACAGCAGAAUGGCAGCGCAACAAAAGUCGGACAUCGUCAUCAUUGGUGGUGGCAUUGUUGGGUCUGCUCUGGCCUACUUCCUGACCUCAUCUAAUGAUGGAAAGAAAGUGACCAUCAUCGACCGUGCUUUUGCACAGCUUAAAGGCUCAACUGGCUACGCCCCAGGGUUUGUUGGUCAGUUCAACGAGUCCGAUGUUCUGACGCGUCUGUCAAUCGAGAGUGUCAAGGAGUACUUGAAGGUCCCUGGAGGAUUUGAGACUGUCGGGGGGCUUGAGGUUGCGACAAGCACUGCAGGACUUGAAAAUCUUGAAUGGAGGCGUACGACUGCGAAAGAGAGAGGCCUCGACGCUGAGAUUAUAUCAGCCCAGCAGGCGGCGGACUUAGCGCCCGAUCUCGUCAAGCCGGACAAUGUCGCAGCGCUGUACUUCCCUGGAGCCGGAACCGCCAAUCCUACGGUCAUUGCCGCUUUCUUCCAGUCGGAGGCUCAGGCAAAAGGUGCGGAGCUCCUCGAGGCCGACGUUAACGAUAUUCAGCAAGCCGAGGGCCGCGUAACCGGCGUGACAACUUCUGCAGGGUUUAUCGAGGCUCAAACGGUCAUCCUCGCUACCGGCAUUUGGGCCCAGAGCCUUGCCGACUUCGGUUUUCCCGUCCCAGUUAUCCCAGUCGCGCAUCCGUAUAUGUACGGGGAGUACCACGAGCCUAAGGCAAACAAAUCUCCGUUCGUCAGAUACCCCGAAUAUCACGUAUAUGUGCGGGAUCACGGUCCAUUCUUUGGACUGGGGUCUUACGACCAUAAGCCUCUGGCGGAGAAGCCCAAAGGAACUGCUAUCGGAGAUUGGAUGGGUGAAUUCGAUGCGACGCUGGACCGCGCUCUGAGACUCAUUCCCGAGAAGACAAAAUUGAGCGUUCGAGAGAAGUUCAACGGCAUCUUCUCAAUGACUCCAGAUAACCUGCCCUUGGUGGGAGAGAUCCCGACGGCAAAGGGAUUGUAUAUGGCAGCAGGUGUCUGGGUCACGCAUGCAGCAGGAUCCGCCAAAUUCUUGACCCAGAUGCUUAGAGGUGAACAAGUUGAUGCGGCAAUGCGGAAGGCUCUUGAUCCGACUCGGUUCCAGGGCCGAGAUCUGGAAAGUUUGGAGCGAGAAUCUCUCAACUGCUAUAACAGCAUUUACUCGACAUACGAAAACUCAUGA